GCAGUUUUAAAGUGGGUUUGUUGUGUUUUACGUGUCCGUAUUUGUUAAAGAAAGAAAGAAACGUACUACCUUCCUUCCGCCCUUCAAGGCGCCGACUUGCCUGCCCGCAGUUUGUGUUUGAAUAAGGCGGGCAGCUGUUAACUAACGUUUGGUGAGGAAUUAAACGUAGAAAAGCCGUUAAACAGGACUUCCACUUGAAGAAGUCUGCCCAAAAGUAGAGAAAAACAAGCAUCUGCCACUGUAUGCGAGCUGCCCCUUAGAUUUAUAAUUUGGCUUUACCCCAUACAGCAAGACAAGGGAAGAAGUUUUGUCAGAAAUCUUAAGAUUUGAACUUUGUAGGAACAGUUUGUGCAUCAAAAUUCAGGGUAGAAUGGAUAGAAGUCGGGAUUGGAGUAAUCAACAUGUUUAUAAAACGUUAUCUUGGAAGUUGCUACAGUUGGAACAUCUCAGAACAUCACUUGAGUUGGAUCUGAGAGCUUUUACUCACCAGGUGUCUGGAGAAGUAAAGACAGUUCUGAAUAAUGGUAAACCAGAUCCUGAUGCAGAUUAUUCAACACUUCUGAAAACUCUUGAUUGGGAAUAUUUAGUCAUUCAGCAAGUCUCUCACUUUUUUCAGAAAAUCAAAACAGGUGUAAGACCAAUCACCCAGUUAAAACUGAAGCCAGAGACUGAAGCCCAUUCAUAUUAUAUGCCUCUAUUUAACAGUUUAUCUCAAGGAAGAAGAUUUUUAUCAAGAGAUAAUCUGAUGUAUGGUCCUAAACUGUGCAAUACUUUUUUGGCUAACACAAUUACAAAUGUAACACAGAUUUUGGAGGACACUGUGACUUUUUGCCAUGUACAGACAUCUCUCGGGAUUCCCAGAGAAUGUGCUAAAUGCUGGAAACCCUUGACAUGUCAGCAUAAACCACAAGAAUCUGAACCAUGUACUGUGGAAACCAACUUGCCUAACAAAGAAAAAACAAAGAGCCCUGUACAACCUCAAAAAGAUUUACCUUUACAAGAACCUGAUUGCUUAAAAGCAAGUAGCAACUUUAUCAAUGAUAGUUUCUAUAAAGCAGAUCAAGACAACACAAGCCAUCGCCAGUCACCAGAUUCUUUACUGGAUUCAAGCUUUCUUAAUGAAACACCAAUCAAUUGCCAGAAACUUGACUCAUUAGGCUUAAUUUCAUUUUUCAAAAAUAAAAAAUGGAGCUUAACAUCAGACCUAAAGAGUCACGUAUUUAACACAAAUGUCUCUGAGUCACCAGGAAAGCUGACUACUGAAAAUGAAGAAAUUUCACCAGUUGGUUUUAAACAUAAUAUGGAUCCCUGUAUCUUAACUCAGCAGAGUAAGGGACAGGAUAAUAAUACCCCUUCAAACCAGAAAUCUGCUUUUCCAGUGCUCUGUAUUGAAUCCAAAGCUGAAAACAACACAAUUGUUUACCAUUAUCUAACUGCCACAAAUACAGAAUUAUGGGAUGUGUUUGAGUUGUUUCUUCAGAAUAAAAAUCAUCCUGAAAAUGGUACAGCUACUAAUACUCUUCAGGAUGUGGCAUUGCCCAUUGUAGAUUGCAAAGUUGCCUGUAGCAUGUCCCUCAGAGAUCUACAUUGCUUUCCUGAAAUUCAAGGUCCUUUGUCCCAUGACAGCAAUUUUAGAAAGGAUGAUGCAGAAAGUUGUGCCUUUGAUGAUGUUCACCUGAAGAAAGAUAUUCCUGAUUUUGUAAUUAGGAGGUUUGCGGAAAUGAAAGUCAAGGUUACUCAUGUGGACAGCCCCAGCUGCUUCUUUAUUCAGGAUGUAGGCACGGUUUUUCAGGAUCUAUCUGCACAAUUAAAUAAGGAAUGCAAUGUAUCUAAUGCCCAACUCAAAGGUAUACCUUACAUUGGUUCCUUUGUUUGCGGCUGGUUUGCUAAAGAUUCUCUUUGGUGUCGAGCUUCUGUGAUUAAGAUUUGUGGUCUUCAAGGAGGUAACAACCCGUGUAAAGCUCAUGAAGAUAUUCCAAAUGUCCUAGUAGAAGUGAUAAGAAUUGAUUAUGGAGACUGCGAGUAUCUGCAGCUCAGUGAUUUGAGGCCACUUGGUUCACAAUUAUUUGCUACUCCACGACAAGCCCUUUGCGUGUCUCUUGAACAUGUUACACCAGUUAAUGGACUCAGCUGGACUUCUGAAGCCAUCUCUUGGUUCAAGAAUAUUGUUGCAGCAAAGAUAUUGUAUGCACGAUUAUAUCCUAAAGAAGGCACAGUGGCAGUAGACUUGUUUAUGGAGAAAGGAAAACUUUGUUCUAUGAGACGGGGACCUUCAAUAUCAGUAAGACUGACAGAAAAUGGUCAUGCAGUGCAUAGUAAAAUGAAAAAUCUUUAUGGGUUCAAAGCCAGAACAGUUGGAACAAAGUCAGAUUUGUCUCCGAAACGGGAAGAGAAGAUUCUGUCUUAUUAUUUCCAGGACAGCAGAUGAUUCUCAGUCAUUCCUUGAUAUCCUAUUGUUUGACAGUGUGCCAUGUGAUGCCUGUUGUAAUAAACACUAAUGUGUAGCAUAUUACAUUGUCUGUUCAUUCCAUGUCCUCCUCCUCUUUGGUCAGAUUGUGAAACAAAUAGAUUACUACUUAUAGCCAAAACCUCUUCAGGUAUCUGUUUUAUGUAGGUAGCAAUGCCAGUAAUUCAUUAGUGUAUAUAUACAAUUUCUUUUGAAGUAGAGUGUAUUUUAAAAAGGUAAAGUGAUGGAACUUAAAUUAUAUAUAUGUGUCUCCUUCUCUGACUUGAUGCUAAAGUUG